AUGGGAAGUUCCCCCCCACACUCCCGGCCCCCCUCCGCCGCGGACUCGGUGGGCGACGAGCGGGCCAGCCUCAUCCCCCGACGCCACCUGAUGUCCUACGUGUCGGAGCCACCCUCCUCCCUGUUCGCCAUGGCCAAGCUGGCGGAGGAGGAGAAGGCGCUGGAGCAGGAGGCCCUGCUGAAAGCCAUGCACGUCCCGGAGGGACCCCUCCCCCACCUGGGGCCCAGGGCGACCAGCCUGCACCCCGGGGGCGAGGCCCCCGUGCCCCCUGGCCCCCACCUGAGGAGCAAUCUGGUGUGGUUCCAGGCUCGCGAGGCCAGCCACUUCCAGGAGCGGGUGCUGGAGCACCCGGUGGCGGGCGACCUGGCGGUGGCAGAGGCGGCCGAGACGGCCGCGCUGCGGGGGGUCCCUCGGCCUGGCUCACGGAGCCCGGGCGCACCCCAGCACAAACCCCCGCCCAAGCUCCCCGCAAUGAUGCCCGAGAAUGGAGCCCCAGGCCACGCCGCCGGCCGCUCGGCCGGCGGGGUCAAGGCUGACCCCGGGCCGCUGAGUCCGAGGGGCCGGGGCGAGAAGUCCGGCGGCCCCAAUGGUGCUGGGGAUGAUGAAGAAGUGGACCCCCUGGAGAACGAUCUGGACUGGACGACGGGGAAGCGGCCUGCCCAAAAGUUUUACAAGCGGCGCUGGUUCUGGCUGUAUGUCAUCCCCCUCUCCAUCUCCGCAAGCCUUGUCAUCCUGGGGGCAUGCUAUGUGCACUUUGCAAGCAGCACUCUCCUGGGGGAUGUCCAGCUCUGGAGGCUGCUCUUCUUCCUGGCAGGACUCCCCAUCAUCUGGUACUUUGGCGACUUUGUGACAUGGGCGGCGGUGUGGGGCGUGGAGAAGUCGCUUUUCACUUGGAAGAAUGCGCUGUACUUUGCCUAUGCCGUCCGGCGGCCCCUGUCCAACGUCCUGCGUGCCGCCCUGGGGCUCGCGUGGUGGGCGGGGAUGAUGACCAUCGGCGCGGGGGCGCAGCCCUCCAACCUCAACACCGCAUACACCAUCAUCCUGCGGGUGUGGGCAUGCAUCACGUUGAUGAUGACGGCCAACCUGCUAAAAACCCUGAUUGCCAAGCUACUCAGCUCCAAGUUUGUCCGCGAGUCGCACCUGGCGAAGAUGCAGCAGUCCAUCAAGAAGGAGCACCUGCUGCACCUGCUGCUCCAGCCCCGGCAGUCCUACAUAGACGCCGCCAAGGAGUACGAGGUGGAGGGCCCCGACACUUGGGAUGGCGAGGCGGAGGCCGACAAGGCCAGGGACCCAGGCGGCCGCCGCACGCAGAGCGCCUUCUCCCUCAGCCCUGGUGCAUGGAGCGGCAAGAAGGGAGGCCUCGCCAGGAGGGUCACCAAGUCGGCACACGGCGGCGCGCGGGGCGGCGUUGCCGCGCCCGUGACACGCGCGUCGCAGCUUCUGGACGAGGAAGAUGGGGACGGCGCGGCGACGCCGCACCGCCUGAGCCGCCGCUCCGCCCAGCGCACCUCCACCGCCCAGGCCAGGGCGGCGGUGACGAGCGCGCAGGACGUGAAGCCCAAGAACGUGGCGGGGAGCUCCACCAGCGGCGUGCGGCCGCAGCAGGCCAUGCGCCUGGCGCGCAUGGAGAAGUACAUCCGGCGCAACGCGCUGCAGGUCACCUUCCGCGACGAGCUGAACCAGGCAGAGCGGCGGGAGGUGGUGAACUCGGACCAGGAGGCCAAGAAGCUGGCCUUCUACCUGUUCUGGAACGUGAAGGCCGACUACGGGCGCAGCCACAUCGUGGACGCGGACCUGGCGGCCUUCGUCCCCGCGCGCGACGUGCGCCUGGCCGCCGAGCUGCUGGACGCCGACGGCGACGGCGUGAUCACCUCCCAGGACGUUUGCGCGGCCAUCCUGCAGGUCUUCCGCGAGCGCCAGAACCUGGCCGCCUCCCUCACCGACACCAAGUCGGUGGUGGGCAAGCUGGAGACCAUGGUGGGCGUGGUGCUGCACAUCGUCAUGGCCUUCCUCUACCUCGUCAUCUUCCGCGUCGACGUCAUGAACUUCUACCUCACCUUCUCCUCCAUGAUCCUGGCCUUCUCCUUCAUCUUCAACCAGAGCCUGCGCAUGAUCUACGAGAACGCGGUGUUCCUCUUCGUGAUCCACCCCUACGACAUCGGCGACACCCUGCUCCUGGACAAGCAGGCCUGCCGGGUGGACGCCAUCAACCUCACCUACACCACCAUGACCGACCCCUCCAACGCGCAGCUGUGGUACCCCAACGAGAAGCUGCGCGCCGCACCCUUCAUCAACCUCUCAGCCUCGGGGAACCGGUGCGAGACCCUGGCCGUGGCGGUGGACGUGGACACGCCCCUGGGCGUGGCGGAGGACCUGCGCGCCGCCGCCGCCGCGGUCACGCGCCUGCAGCCCAAGGAGGUGGAUGGCGAGCCGGGCGUGGCGCUGGCCGCCUCCCCAGACCCCCUCAAGUACGUGCUGGAGGUGAGCUGGACGCUGAGCCACAACGGCGUGGACGCGGCGCGCGGCGCGCGUCUGCGCAACGCCGUGCACGCGGCCCUCUUCGCCCGCCUGGCGGAGCUGGGCGUGCGCAGCAGCGCCCCGCCCCCUCGCGCGCCCGGGAAUGAUGCGUACGGCGCGCUGAGGGCGGCGCCGCAGCGGCGGGGGAGCCCAGGCGGCGCCCUGGAGCGCCCCGUGUGA